AUGAACUGCUCCUACGACAUGGAGAUGGGCCCGCUCGGGAUCAACUACCUCGAGUUCCACUACUGCAGCAUGGCCGGCUGGGCAUGGGCGUCCUGCCUCGUCCUAGCCGCAUGGCUCGUCCUCCUCUUCUACCUCCUGGGCAACACGGCCGACGAGUACUUUUCGCCGACGCUCUCGACGCUCUGCACGCAGUUUCACAUUCCAUUCGACGUGGCCGGCGUCACCUUGCUCGCCUUUGGCAACGGCGCGCCCGACGUCUUCUCGUCGUUGGCCUCGUCGUCGUCGGGCGCAAUGGAGACCGGGCUCAAUGCGCUCCUCGGUGGCGUCAUGUUUGUCACGACGAUGGUCGUCGGCGCCGUCCUCGUCGCGUCCACGUCGCCGGUCGUCGCGAUCGCGCCGCGCGCGUUUUGCCGCGACGUGCUCUCGCUGCUUGUCGUCGUAGGGCUCAUCAUUCUCUGCGUCCUCGAAGCAUCCACGAUGUACAUGGCCGCGUUCCCGCUCGUCUACACGAUCUACGUGCUCCUCGUCGUCCUCCCGACGUGCUGGGCGGCGCCCGCGCCCGACGACGCCCACCACGGCGUGCUCUUUGCGUUCUGGCAUGCGCCACAGCUCUUCGAGACGUCGCCGCCUGCGUACAAGUUUGUCACCAUGACAAGCACCAAGCCAUCGACGACGAUGGCGCGGCAAGCGUUUGACGGCGCCAUCUUUGACACGUACUUUGGUCCGAGCCAAGAGACACUCGCCGCGCCGCUCCUCGACGAGAGCAGUGACGACGUGGUGUCACCGCCGCCACGGCAAACGCGUUGGUAUGGACGAUGGCAUCGCUGCUCCUGGCGCCACGUCCGAUACCUUCUUCUGGAUUUGCCCCGGGAGCUGACGAUUCCAAUGGUCGUCGUGCGGCGCAAUGGUUGGUCGCGCCGCCGCGCUGCGCUCAGUGUCACCACCACGAGUGUGUUUGUGCUCUGGCUCGGUGGGCUCUUGGAUGCCCACCCGCGUGUGUACUUGGCCGUCGUGAGCGCCUCUUUCGGGCUCUCGCUUGCCGUGUAUGUGGGCACCUACCACCGGACAGCGCCGACAUCGCGGUCUCUCAUCAUGGGCUUCUACGCACUCGGCUUUGUCGCGUGCGUCGCUUGGAUCUACGGGCUCGCGGCCGAGCUCGUCUCGGUGCUCGCAGCCGUCGGACACAUUACGACGCUGCCGCCGAGCGUCGUGGGCCUCACGAUCCUCUCGUGGGGCAACUCGAUUGGCGACUGGAGCACCAACGUCGCCAUCGCACGCGGCGGGUGCCCGGAGAUGGCGCUCGCCGGCUGCUUUGGCGGCCCCGUCUUCAACCUCCUCAUUGGGCUCGGCCUGCCGAUGCUCUUGGCGCGACUGGCGUCCAUGACGUCGAGAACGCACGUGCCGUGGGACGUGCACUGCAAGGUGUCGCUGGGCUUUCUCGUGCUGAGUCUGGUUAGCACGCUGAGUGUGGUCGCGCUCUCUCGGUUCCAGUGCCCGAGAUGGUACGGCAAGGUGCUCUUUGGCAUGUACAUGGCGUACACGAGCGUUCAUUUGAUCUUGCUACUGCACGCACCAUAAGAAGAAACCUAUCGAGUGCCUUGU